CUCAAACAUAAUACUACCUAGUACUAUAUUGAGUAUAUAGGUGUACCUGAAAAUAGCUAAUAGCAUGGUACUCUGACAUCCGGGCUAACGAUUAUUGUAGCUUUGCAAAAAAAAGAAGAAGAAAAGCACUACUGACAUAAGGUACGACACUGAAUCUCAUGUGAAAUGUUGAUUCAUCGUAGCCGUGAAACCUGGGUGGGCCCUGUCGAGCCUCGUCAUGCACCAGUUCCAUUUGAUCACCUCAUGGAUUUCUUUAACCUAAAUGCGUAAAAGAGGAUUUUAUUGUCAAUUCUCCAGUGGUCGAUGGCUGAACUUUUUAUUAAGAAAGAGAGACCACUACCGAACAUUUGCAGGGGCAUGCAUCUGCUCAGCCGUGCUCGGUGGCAUGAUAGUUUCGUGAUCCACAAAGUUAUUGAAUUUCGUGCGAGGAUACACCAAGUUUUAAGUCUUAAUUUUCAAUACCUGUGAUUUUUGUUGUUCUUUUGUAUCAAGUUUCAGUAGAUGAAACUUAAUGAAAUUUUAAAAACUCAUCAAAAUGUAUUCGAAGUAGGUCUUAUUUGAAAGCCUUUGUCACAAGAAACACGAAUAUGAAAACAAAAAGUAAUUGGAUAUCCGGUUCAAAAGAUAAGAAAGAUUGAAAAUCGAAAGCCAAAAAAAAACUGUCGAUGGCCCCACCUGCAUGCCACAAAUCCCCUAUCAGAACUCUUUGUUUGUACAUAUUAAUUUCUCCUUCUCUUAGUCGGUUGGCAAAGUUUCUGCCUUUGUUUAUCUACCACUACCAUAAAACCAGCACACAGAAAGAGCAAGCAUACAAGUGUUACUUGCCUCGCUCGCUCACUCUUUUGCAGCAAUGGAGAAUCCCCGCACCGAUCCCAGGGACUACGACGACGACGGCGGCCUGAAGCGCACCGGCACGGUAUGGACGGCCACUGCACGCAUCAUCACGGCCGUGAUCGGGUCUGGCGUCCUGGCGCUGCCGUGGGCAUCGGCGCAGCUCGGCUGGGUGAUCUACCCGAUCAUGGUGCUGCUCUUCGCCGGCAUCAUCUGCUACACCUCCGCGCUGCUCUCCGACUGCUACCGAUCCGGCGACCCGAGCCACGGCGAGCGCAACUGCACAUACAUGGACACCGUCAAGGCCAGCCUAGGACGCGCACAGGUUUGGCUAUGCCAGUUUUCUGCAUACUCCAACGUCUUUGGGGUGGCCAUCGGGCAUACCAUCGCCGCCGGCAUGAGCAUGUUGGCAAUCCAGCGGAGGGCUAGCUGCUUCCAGCACAACAAGGGCCACCGCCACCCGUGCAAUUUCCCAAUCUGGCCCUAUAUGAUAACCUUCGGCGUGGCGGAGAUCUUCUUAUCGCAGAUCCCGGAGUACCAUACGUGGUGGUUCUCAUAUCUCGGCCCCGCCAUGUCCUUCACCUAUUGCUCUAUCGGCGUCGGGAUCAGCAUCGCCAAAGUCGUCGAGAACGGAGUCCUCAAGGGCGGCCUCGUCGGCAUCGGCAUGACCGCGGUGACCGCGUCCCCGAUGAGUAAGGUGUGGGGAAGCCUGGAGGCGCUGGGCGUCAUCGCCUUCGUCUACUGCUACUCAAGAAUCUUAAUCGAGAUCCAGGACACCAUCAAAGCGCCUCCUCCGCCCGAGUCCAAGGUCAUGAAGCUUGCCACCGCCAUGGGCGUCGCUGUCACCACGUUCUUAUACCUGCUCUUUGGCUUCAUGGGGUACGCCGCGCUGGGGGGCGCUACCCCAGGGAACCUGCUCGCGGGGCUCGGCUUCUACGAGCCAUACUGGGUCGUCGACAUAGCCAACGUGGCAAUCAUCGUCCACCUCGCCGUCGCUUACCAGGUCUACUGCCGGCCCAUCUACGACUUCGUCGAGAGGUGCGCCGCGCGUAGGUGGCCGGAGUCGUCCUACGUCACAAGGGAGUUCGACGUGCUCGUCUUGAGGUCGUCGUACAAGCUGAACCUAUUCCGAGCUACGUGGCGGACCGCGUUCGUGGUCACCACCACGGUGGUGGCGGCGCUGCUGCCCUUCUUCCACGACGUGGUGGCGCUCGUCGGCGCACUGGGGUUCUGGCCGUUGUGUGUCUACAUCCCAGUGGAGAUGUACGUGACCCAGAAGAAGGUGCUUAGGUGGAGCCCCCUGUGGGUGUGGCUGCAGAUCCUCAGCCUCGGCUGCCUCUUCGUCUGCUUGGCCGCCAUGGCCGCGUCCAUCGUCGGUAUCAUCACUAUUCAUAAGAAGUAAUAUUUGGGUGUGCAGGGUGAUACUGAUACUAGGGUUCUUAUCUUGCUGAGGGUGUAAUGUUAGGAUUUGGCUUGCUAUGUACGGCUCUUGUAAACCGGAUCCUCUUAGACUGGCUGCAACGGUAGCAUCUUGUGCUCGACUAGCCAGCAAGUGAGUUUGUUAAACUUUUUCUUUUUCUUAUUGUCGAAA